AUGACUAGUCUUUCUGUGUUCAGGGACAUAGUCCCAGCCCAGAAGCUAGAAGGCAGUUUACUAAAGAUCUACAAGCAAGAUGAUUAUCCUAACAAGAUGUUCUUGGCUUACAGAGUGUGCAUGACCGAUGAAGGCCAUCCCUGGGUCUCUUUGGUGGUUCGCAAGACUCGCCUGCAGAUUUCACAGGACCCCUCUCUGAACUAUGAGUACUUACCCCAGAUGGGCAUGAAAUCAUUUGUCCAAGCUGCCUUGGAACUCCUCUUUGGAAAGCACAGCCAAGCCAUUGCAGAGAAGAGGGUAGGGGGUGUGCACACUGUUGGUGACAGUGGGGCCUUCCAGCUUGGGGCCCAGUUUCUCAGGACGUGGCGUAAGAAUUUGAAAACUGUUUGUAUCGUCUCAUGUCAAAAGGAACAGUAUGGACUCAUCUUCCAGGAAAUGGGCUUUACAGUUUAUGAAUACCUCAUCUGGAACCCCAAGGAGCUGUGCUCAGACCCCAAGAUGUUUUUCGAAGUGAUGGAGCAUAUCCCAGCUGACAGUAUCCUUGUGAUUGGGAACAUUAUUGACUGCAGGUUCUCGCAAAAUCAGUGGGCAAAGUUGAUGUCCAUCAUUAAGAAAAAGCAGAUAUUCCCUUUCUUUGACAUUCCCUGCCAAGGUCUAUCCACUGGUAACCUGGAAGAAGACACCAGACUCUUACAGUACUUUGUGUCUCUGGGGCUUGAGUUCUUCUGCAACCAAUCUCUGUCCAAGAAUUUUGGCAUUUAUGAUGAAGGAGUGGGGAUCCUAGCUGUGGCAGCCCUCAGCAACCAGAACCUGCUGUGUGUCCUCUCCCAGCUGAUGAACUAUGUUGAGGCUCUGUGGGGAAGCCCUCCUGCCACAGGUGCCCGGAUCAUCACUUCCAUCCUCUGUAACCCUGCUCUGUUUGGAGAAUGGAAGCAGAGUCUAAAAGGUGUUGUGGAGAACAUCAUGUUGAUCAAGGAAAAGGUGAAAGAGAAGCUCCGGCUCCUCGGGACCCCUGGGACCUGGAAUCACAUCACCGAACAGAGUGGCUUCCAUGGUUAUCUGGGACUCAACUACCAACAGGUGGAGUACCUGACCAAGAAGAAGCAUAUCUACAUCCCCAAGACCAGCCGGAUUAACUUCACCUGCAUCAAUAUCAGGAACAUAGACUACAUCACUCAGAGCAUCCAUGAGGCAGUGAAGCUCACUGAGGAAUGUCCCUGA